UCCAUUGCUUACCACAGGAAAUCUGUGCAGGGUUUAAAUACAAGCCAGAGCCUCUUUUGUAAGCAGCUUGUGUGAAAGUGUGUGAAGAGCGUAGCAGCAUGGUCAGCCGCGUGGAGCAUCCUGCUGCCAGCUACAAGAAGAUCUUUGAGUCAGUGGAGGAGCUGAAUGAACCCAUACCAGCAGUUAUCACUGGUGUUAUCCCGUCAUGGCUGGGGGGAAGUCUUCUCAGGAUGGGUCCAGGUCUCUUCGAGGUGGGAGAUGAACAUUUCCAGCACCUGUUUGAUGGACAGGCUCUCAUCCACAAGUUUGACCUGAAGAACGGUCAGGUGACUUACUACCGGAAGUUUAUUAGGACAGAUGCCUACGUUCGGGCCAUGACAGAGAACAGAGUUGUCAUCACUGAGUUUGGCACGACAGCCUACCCAGACCCCUGCAAAAACAUCUUCUCGAGGUUCUUUACUUACUUCAGAGGCAUUGAGGUGACUGAUAACUGUUUAGUGAACGUCUACCCAAUUGGUGAAGACUUCUACGCAGUCACUGAGACCAACUACAUUACCAAGGUUGACCCUGAUUCACUGGAGACAUUAAAAAAGGUGGAUCUUUGUAAGUACCUCUCAGUGAAUGGGGUGACUGCCCACCCCCACACUGAACGAGAUGGCACGGUCUACAACAUUGGUAACUGCUUUGGCAAGAACAUGAGUCUGGCUUAUAACAUUGUUAAGAUCUCACCUGUUCCGAAAGAUAAAUCAGACCCCAUAGAGAAGUCCCAAGUGUUGGUCCAGCUGCCAAGCAGUGAGAGGCUUAAACCCUCCUACGUACACAGCUUUGGUAUGACAGACAACUAUUUUGUAUUUGUGGAGCAGCCGGUGAAGAUCAACCUGCUCAAGUUCUUGUCAGCUUGGAGCUUCAGAGGAGCCACAUACAUGGACUGCUUUGAGUCCAACGCCAGCAUGGGGACAUGGUUCCAUUUGGCCAGUAAAGAGCCAGCAGGUUAUCUGAGUAGUCACAAGUUCAGAACAUCAGCAUUCAACCUCUUUCACCAUAUUAACGCCUAUGAAGACGAAGGAUUCAUCGUUGUCGAUCUCUGCACGUGGAAAGGUCAUGAAUUUGUGUAUAACUACCUGUACCUGGCUAAUCUGAAAGAGGAGUGGGAGGAGGUGAAGAAAGCAGCUGCACGAGCUCCACAGCCUGAGGUCAGACGAUAUGUCCUUCCACUGGAUAUUCACAGGGAGGAUCAGGGGAAGAAUCUGGUAUCUCUUUCGUACACUACAGCGACCGCCGUUCUUCACAGCGACGGUACUAUUUGGCUCGAACCUGAAGUGCUGUUUUCUGGACCAAGACAGGCUUUCGAGUUUCCACAGAUCAACUAUUCAAAGUGUUGUGGGAAGAAGUACUCCUUCGCCUAUGGCCUGGGACUCAACCACUUCAUUCCUGACAGGAUCGUCAAGCUGAAUGUGCAGACCAAAGAGACCUGGGUGUGGCAGGAGGAGGACAGUUACCCAUCAGAGCCACUGUUUGUGCCGUCACCCGGAGCUACAGUGGAGGAUGAUGGUGUGUUGCUGAGUAUUGUGGUAAAGCCAGGUGCACAGAGACCAGGUUCCCUGCUGGUGCUGGAUGCCAGAAACCUGACAGAGCUCGCCAGGGCAGACGUCACCACUAUCAUCCCCAUCACCCUGCAUGGGAUGUACAAGCCGUGAAGCUGCAUUUCGUCCAAACAGGUGCUUCAUGAAAUACACCAGUCUGGCUCUUUUCUUCCACCAUAGACGAGUUUUCUUGUGGAAAUGAACCCCCAUCAUUGCUUUACAAUGCUGCUAAAAAAAAAAAUCUUCAGCAGUCUCUGUCAUAUGUUACCUGGCCACACAAUGCAUGCUUUUUCCUGUAGCUGAUGGUGAGGAGAAGCCCAGUGAAACUAAUAGCAUUACAUCAACCAUAUUUACUGCAUAAUCAGUUUAUGUUUAUGUAAUCGUUGUUAUAAAGCCACAGCUACAAACAUACACAGACAGUAUUUUUGCUACAGGUAUUUGAAACAAUUGACAGAUGUUUAUUCAGCAGCGUACCACCCUGGCAUCAGCAGUCCCACUGACCAACGACAUGUACACGUCUUCUCUUCUCAUAUUACAUGUAGUUUUUAGUUGAUAUAAGAUGAUCUUUUUACAUUUUUAUGUAAAUGUGUAAUUUCCCUUUUUGGUUAAUAAAAAAAACUUGUGUUCUGUGUUCUUGCUUAAAACAUUACAAACAAA